AUGGAACCGAAACGCCUACUUCGACGACUUCGCGAAGUGUCACAGACGACCGAAGAUCACCGAAGACCGUGGCAGAUCGUGGCGAACAAUUACUUGGAAUUUUGGCUGCGCUACGCCAGCGUGUUGGAACAAGCUGAGGCGGCUCAUGGCCAAAACAAGCCUGAGAUCUCUUGCGGCUUGCUGCGAGGUGCCUGCCUGUCGGGCCGCCUCUCCCGACGGCCGGAUGCGUUGGCGGCUUGGGCGGAGCUGGAGGAAUCCUGCGGAAGGGUCGAUCGUGCUCGAGUCUUGUUGGAUGCCACGCUGAGCGGAUGCGGUCACGGGAGCAGCGACUUGGCUCUACGCCGUGCGUCUCUGGAGCUGCGACACCAGGACGCAGAAUUGGCCGCCGUGCUCCUGGAGCGCUACGCCAACGAUGCGGUGGAUCUGGCGUCCAAAGCUGUGUUGAGUCGGCGCUAUGCACGGCUCUGCGAGGACAGAUUGCAUCAAGUGGACAAAGCGUGCCAGUCGUUACUUUCGACAUGGCAGGCGGGCUGUCGAGAUGUGGGUCUCUUGUUGGAGCUUACGUCCCUUCUGGUACGCUUCAGCCGUGGUGAACAGAAAGGAUCAACAGGUCUUCCGUUGCGGCAGAGCUGCUUGCUCUUUGAGGAGGCCCUUCGUUGCCUGGCAAAUGACGCCGGCGCGACGCCUUCGCUCGUGGAAGCGCCGCUGCCGGAGGCCUGUGAGCUUUGGUCCUGCUACGUGGAUUUUCUCCUGGCGAAUGGCGCUCCCUUGUCACAGCUCAGAGAUGUGCAGGCACGUGCACGAGCUUUCCGCUCCCAGGCCUCCGUGCGGAAAGCCGAUGCAGAGAAUAGGAAGCGAGGCGGAUCCGGGAUGGAUCCGGGAUGGAUCGAUGCAGAUCUCGAUGGAUU